AUGGAGAAGGAGCAGCGCAAUAGUGUGGUUUUUAACGCAUCCAAGAGAGAACUGUUCACUGCCAACAAUGGUUACAAGUUCCUGCAGAAGAGACUCAGGGCGCAAUGGAAGAUCCAGAGGUAGGUAAUAAUAAUAAUAAUAAUAAUAAUAACUGUUAGCUAGCUAGCUGGCUAUUGCUUGCUGUAUCUACGUAAGAAGAAUACGUUGUAGUCACCUAUUUGGCAUCAUAAUAAGGCAACUUCAUAUAUGUGGUUUUAUGUUUGUUCCUCCACAGCAUAAAAGAGGAGCUCUCCUUGGAGAGGUUGAAUGAUGUAAAGUUGUGGAUUACUGCUGGUUCCAGAGAAAAGUUCACUGCUGCUGAGGUGUGUGGCUGGUCAUGGUAGAGUUGUAGGAGGUCAAAGGACAUGCCUUUAUGAAUCGAGGUUUGGGUAGAGUGAUCAGGAGAUGGAAACAACAGAUUUGAAAGUUUCCUAUUUGAUGUGUGUCCCAGCAUUGCAACACACUCCUCCAAAAUAAAAUGUCUGUCAACCUAAACACUGUUAGGUAUCAAAAUCUAAUCUAAUCAAUACAAUUGUAUUUGUCACACGCUUCAUAAACAACAGGUGUAGACUAACAGUGAAAUGCUUACUUACGGGCCGUUCCCAACAAUGCAGGGAAAACAUUAUUUUAAUAAUAAAAAGAAAACACAAGGAACAAGUACACAUUACAUUUACGUCAUUUAGCAGACGCUCUUAUCCAGAGCAACUUACAGUUAGUGAGUGCAUACAUUUUUCAUACUGGCCCCCCGUGGGAAUCGAACCCACAACCCUGGCGUUGCAAGCGCCAUGCUCUACCAACUGAGCUACAGGAGGCCCAAUGAGUAACGAUAACUUGGCUAUAUACACGGGGUACCAGUACUGAGUCGAUGUGCAGGUGUAUGAGGUAUUUGAGGUAGAUAUGUACAUAUAGGUAGGGGUAAAUUGACUAGGCAACAGGAUAGAUAAUAAGCAGUAGCAGCAGCGUAUGUGAUGAGUCAAAAGAAUGAGUGCAAAGGGGGGACAAUGCAGAUAGUCCGGGAAGCUAUUUGGUUAACUAUUUAGCAUCUUAUGGCUUGGGGGAAGAAGCUGUUCAGGGUCCUUUUGGUUCCAGACUUGGUGCAUCGGUACCACUUGCUGUGCUGUAGCAGAGAGAACAGUCUAUGACAAUUUUUAGGGCCUUCCUCUGACACUGCCUGGUAUAGAGGUCCUGGAUGGCAGGGAGCUCGGCCCCAGUGACAUACUGGGCCGUACGUACUACCCUCUGUAGCGCCUUGCGGUCGGAUGCCAAGCAGUUGCCAUACCAAGCGGUGAUGCAGCCAGUCAAGAUGCUCUCAAUGGUGCAGCUGUAUAACUAAUUGAGGAUCUGAGGGCCCAUGCCAAAUCUUUUCAUUCUCCUGAGGGGGAAGAGGCGUUGUCGUGCCUUCUUCACGACUGUAUUGGUGUGUGUGGACUGGUUAUUCCUUAGUGAUGUGGACACCGAGGAACUUGAAGCCCUCGACUUGCUCCACUACAGCCCUGUCAAGGUAUGUUGGUUGCUUUAUGUUUUGAGUCAGACAUCGAUUUGCUCUGUCUUGUUCAGUUGGAGGUCCUGAAGCAGUACCUGGAUGUGGGAGGAAAUGUCCUUGUGAUGCUUCGUGAAGGAGGGGAGCUGAAGUAUAACACUAAUAUCAACAUCCUCCUUGAGGAGUUUGGGAUAAUGGUCAACAAUGGUGAGUAUCAUAUGGGGCGGCAGGUAGCUUAGUGGGUAAGAGCGUUGUGCCAGUAACCGAAAGGUCGCUGGUUCUAAUCCCCGAGCCGACUAGGUGAAAAAUCUGUCGAUGUGCCCCUGAGCAAGGCACUUAACCCUAAUUGCUCCUGUAAGUCGCUCUGGAUAAGAGUGUCUGCUAAAUGACUAAAAUGUAAAUAUGAGUGGAAUAGUCCUCGCAACUCAGAUAGUUGUCAUCCAGAUAUUUCACUGACAGAAUUGUAUUGGUGAUGAGUGUUUUGUCUUCAUUCUCUUGUUGCUGUCGUAAGGAAUGUUUACUACAAGUAUUUCCAUCCAAAAGAAGCACUUGGUGUUCUGAACAGGUUAGUUGGUUAACCAUUUAGACAUUUUGAUAUUUGGUUUGUUCCAAUGUAAUAGUGCUUUUAUCAUUGCUUUCUUGUGCAUAUCAAUGAAGUAAAUGUGCCAGAAAAGGAUAAUGGGGUUGAUAGUUCCACUAGCUAUGAAAGACACAUGCAUUGUUGAGCGACUGAACAAGCAUCUUGCUUUUAAUCCUUUAGAGAGAUCAGUCGGGCUGCAGGCAAAGUAGUAACAGGGAUCAUCAAAGACGAAAGUGCCAGGAACAAUGCACAGUAGGUCUUCUCCGUUUUCAUGUCAUCAUUCUCAAGUUUCUGUUUAUUUGCAUUUUCAUAACUGUCAACAAUCUCAACAGAGAACAGAGAGAUUAUCACAGUUUCAUGUCUAAUCAUAUCAUAUGCCAAAUAUUUUGCCAAAAGGAGUUGGCCCUUGUUAAACAAACUAAUGAAUGAAACAGUGAUUGCAGUUUGGCUUGUCUGUGUCCCCCUGGUAAAAGAUUAAACCUGUAUUCUUAAUGUGUACUUGAACAGGGCCCUCACAUUUGUGUACCCGUAUGGAGCUACACUGAGCGUGAUGAAGCCUGCUGUUGCUGUUCUCUCCACUGGGUCCGUCUGCUUCCCCCUCAACAGGCCUGUCCUUGCCUUCUAUCAGGUCAAGGUGAGGAGUUCCCAUUGACCUCCUGCAAACACCACGGCAUGAUCAUACGUUGUUUUUCAAAGAUACAGUAUGUCAGUUAUUUACUAGUUCUGUCAAUUGUUUUUUUUGUAAUGCAGGAGGUAGGCAAACUGGCAUUGAAGAGGAGAACAGUAAAAUAAUGGUGAUUGGAGUGUCAGUUUAAAACACUCAUACUUAUGUUAAGUUUGAGAUCCAAUUGUGCAGGCUCUUUUACCCUUUUCAUAUGAUCAUUUCGAGUCAAACUGUACUGUGCUGGUUUGGAUAUUUUUGUCCUUUCCAGCAUGGUUCUUGCAAUUAUGAUGGAUGCUUAACCAGGCCAGCACAGUACAGCUUGGCUGGGCAUGUCUCGGUCCGCUCAGUAGUGAGUGUUAAAAGGGUAUUUGACGACUUCCUGAUGGAAGGCUCGUUAACAUCUUCACAGCAACACCAGAGUAGUUGCGAGAGUGUGAUCACUACAGCACUGAAAUGGUGAUGAUGUAAUGGUUGGUGAUCCACUAUUUGAUCCCCUACUGACUCCAUUUGGUUGUAAUAUUGCCUGUCUAUUUUUGUUAUGCAGGAUGUCGUUUUCCAGUGGCUCAUGGGUGAUAACAUUCAUCUGAACCAGAUAGAUGCAGAGGACCCCGGGGUGAGAAGCCAAGGCAUGUUUUAGGAUCUACAGUUUUACCUUUUAGUCCUAGAAGUGACACUUAUCAUUCUGUGUUUGGCCCAGAUCACAAAUUACACCAUGCUACCAGACACAGGCUGCCUGUCUGAGCGACUACGAGUAUGCUUGCAAGAGGGAGAGGAAAACCCAAGAGACUUUACCUCCCCGUUUGACAUGUCUCUACUCAAGCUAUCAACAAACACAUUGUCCCAAGUCAUCAGGUGGGAACACAUACUGCUUUAGAAACUGGACAGACAUCAGUUUUCACUACAGUAGGCCAUAGUUGGUGGCUACAGGAUGUUUUGUCUGCUUUGCCUACAUGUUUACAGUGUGUUUGUUGACAACAAUGUGUUUGACUUGUCCCCCUGCAGUUCCUACAUGCAGAUGAAUGUCAAACAUGAGUCCCUCCAGCUGAUCACACCUCAGUUUGAGACUCCCCUUCCCCAGCUCUAG